AUAACUCUUUUUAGAAGUGGAUUAUUACUUCCGCACUCGUUUACGAUUCAAGAAGAAUAUGACAUUCCAGAUAGUAUUAACAUAGAUGAUAUACUUAAAAAUGAUCGCUUAACUAUGAAUUACAUUAAAUGUAUGUUAGACCAAGGAAAAUGUACACCGGAAGGGGAUAAACUACGAAGAACAAUUCCAGAAGCAUUGCAGAAUGACUGUGCAAAAUGUAACGAUAAAGUUAAAAAUAAUAUUAAGAAGGUAAUCAAACAUAUUUCUGAAAAUAAGCCUGAUAGCUGGAAUGAACUACUUGCUAAAUACGAUCCUACUGGAGAAUACAAAAAAAGGAACCAACAUAUAGCUGACGAAGCAGGAUGUUCCACUUCUCCACUUCUAAGCAGUUCUAAAAUAGUAUUCAUCAUGAUUCCAACACUAAUCUUAGUUCUUGCCUGCAUACAUGCUGCAGUUUUAGAAGAGCAGUAUGUCAUUCCUGACAACAUCGACGUCGACGAAAUUCUUAAAAAUGACCGUUUAUUGAAAAAUUAUGCGAACUGUGUUUUGGAAAAAGGAAGUUGCACCCCCGAAGGAGAACGUCUUAAAAAAGCCAUUCCGGAAGCAUUGCAGAACGAAUGUGCAAAAUGUAACGAUGAUGUAAGACAAAAGGCAAGGAAAAUAAUUCACCAAAUCAUAGAAAAACACCCGGAUUUGUGGAAACAACUUGAGGCUAAGUAUGACCCUAACGGCGACUACAAAAAGAAAUACAAAGAGCUUAUUGAAAAAGAAGGACUGCAAAUUUAAGGUUUAGUCAAUUGUUAUAACAAAACCAAAUGCUGUUGUAAAUGAUUACGUUUAAUAAAUACCUGUGUUAGUAUUUGAAAUAAAAAA